AUUCAAUGGAAAGAAGGGGGCGUUGGAAACGGGGACGCAAAAAGAGAAAAAAAUAUCAAAAAGAAAUCUCUCAGGUGAAACUCUUUUGAACAGACGGUUGUUUGCCAUGCGUGACCCUGUGCGUGACUCUAGUGAUAUCUGGAUGUUGUGUGACGCGCUCCUCGGAACUAAACUGCUCAGCGGACGUACUUUUAAACAUAUGCACAGUUUUUGUCUUCGCCGUCUGUAGCAGUCAAUUGCGUCCUUUCGAGUGGAGGACGUUGGAGUUGUCCUGCGAUUUACUGCACGGAAAGAAAUAUAUUGUAGACCAGAUCUUCAUUAUGGCGAUGCAAGACGUUAUAAAUAAGAUGAAGGGAACUGCCCUUGGAGUCGCGGAAUACUUAACUCCGGUUUUGAAGGAAUCGAAGUUUCAGGAAACUGGUGUGAUUACACCGGAAGAGUUUGUUGCAGCUGGUGAUCAUUUAGUACAUCAUUGUCCAACGUGGAAAUGGGACACAGGUCCAGAUGAAAGCAAAAUAAAGAGUUAUCUCCCAGCAGACAAGCAGUUCUUGUAUACAAAAAAUGUUCCAUGCUACAAGCGGUGCAAGGAAAUGGAACAUCAAGAAGAAAAUGAGGCCAUUGUUGAACCUGAUGAAGAUGGUGGGUGGGUGGACACUCAUCACCAUGUUGACCCAAGUGGCGAGCAGGCUGUGACUGGUGCCCAGGAAUCAUUUGCAGAGAUGACGCUUGAAUCUGACAAGACCACAAAAGACAUAGCACCUGCAGAAAAUGAUGACGAGGAGGAAGAUGAUGAAGAAGAGGCAGUGGAUAUGGAAGCUUUUGAAGAAAGUGGAAUGUUGGAGAGUGAUGAGGCCACCCUGUCAAUCCAACCAACUUCAAAAACUGAGUCGGGGGAGAGCGCAGUAGAUGCGAGCGCUUCCGGUGGAAUUCUGCAAACAAGAACUUACGACAUGUACAUCACAUAUGAUAAAUACUAUCAGACACCAAGAUUAUGGCUGUUUGGCUACAAUGAGGUUGACAGUGUUGACACAGUGUUGUUUAUGUUUAAGGAUCACGCUAAAAAGACUGUAACAGUAGAAGCCCAUCCUCACUUGCCUAUGACUAUGGCGUCUGUUCAUCCUUGUAGGCACGCAGACGUAAUGAAGAAGAUUAUCCAAACAGUAGCUGACGGCGGAGGAGAGCUUGGUGUUCAUAUGUACUUACUCAUCUUUCUCAAAUUUGUUCAGGCUGUUAUACCUACGAUAGAAUACGACUACACCCGACACUUUACAAUGUGAUGGUCAGCGCGCCUUGAAAUCGCAAAAGACCAUUUUAGAGUUGUCGGUUCGGUGACCUGGCCUUUGAAUGGCAGCGAGGCUGAAGCUGACCUUGUUUUGAUGCAAAUCAAGGUGUU